AUGAGAGGUGUUGACUUAACUCCAGGACAGAAACAGAGAAUUGCAAUUGCUCGGGUAAUUUUGAAAAAUGCGCCUAUCUUAUUGUUGGAUGAAGCCAGUUCAUCUAUUGAAUCUGAGUCAAGCCGAGUGGUGCAAGAGGCUCUGGACACACUAGUCAUGGGGAACAAGACCACUAUUUUAAUAGCGCACAGGGCUGCAAUGAUGAGACACGUAGAUAACAUUGUAGUCCUUAAUGGAGGAAGGAUAGUGGAGUCGGGAAGCCACGAUUCACUGGUUGCAAAGAAUGGCCUAAUGUCAGGUGGAGGUUUGCAUGUGGCAAGAACGGGAACAAUGAAGCUUAAAUUAGCACUAGGCACUGAUAGUCAUAGAAAGGAGGAAACUGUAGCAGGAAUAGAUGUGUAG